AUGGCUGAACACACAUCCAGCAAUGAGCCCUCGCCAACGGACUCGGCGCCAGACUUGCUGGACCUUGAUGACCUCAUUCGCGAGGUGACAAACGGUGCAGGCAAACAUUCGGAAGCAGCCACCAAAAGGCCCGACGGAGGACGCCGCGGCAGUAACGAGGACUCGAGGAGAGGCAGCAUCAGCAGCAGUAACAGCAGUAACAGCAGCAUCACCAGCGCCAAAAGAAGGAGCAUCGACCACCAGAGCAGCAUCAUCAAUACCACUCAGGACCAGAGAAGGAGCAGCAGCAGCAGCAGCAUGGACAGCAACAACAAAAACAUCACCAUCAACAACGAAGCCAGCAACAGCAGCAAAGGCGACGGCUCACAACCCAGCAACAACAACAACAACAACAACACCGCCUCCAUCCCACCACUCAACAACAUCGCCGUCGCCAUCUUCGUCCCCCUCCCAGACGGCCAGGCCCUCCUCUCGCCGCCCCCCGCCGCCAUCGUCCCCGACACGCCCUCGUACUUCCUCGAGCAGCUCGAGCGCCUCUCCGCCCAAGAGGCCGCCGUCCGCGGCAACAUCGAGACGCUCUACGGGCUCGAGUACCUGCGCGUCCGCGCCGAGACGGCAGCGGCCUACGCCGACGCCGACUCCACGUACGACUACUUUGGCGCCACCGCAGCCGUCCGGUCUGCUCACGACGACCGCCUCAGAAAGGACCUGGACGGCAUGAUUGACAGCAUGCGCAAGCCCGACUCCGGCGCCGGCGGCCUCAGAGACGUGGUCCUGCCCAACAUGUUCGUCCCCAUCACGUACGAGCCCCUCAACUCGCCGCGAGAGGCCGCCGCCAACGACGUCUUGAGGUUCCUCGGGGCGGCUGCCGCCGAGCUGGGCGCCUUCGACGGCCACGUCCAGACCAUCAGCGACGGCAUCAAGAGGGAGAUGCAGGGCGCUGCCGCGAGGGGCAUGAGAGAGAAGCAGGACCGGAUGGACACCGACUAG